UAUAUACAGGACUUUCUCUCUCUUACUGUGACAUAAUGUUUUAAGCAUUGGAGAGUCGGAACUCAAGAAUCAGAACACUGAACUACGUUGAAAACUGGACUAGUUUCGUUUAUUAUUACGUUCAGUACAGACAUGUCAAGAAAAUACUGCAACUUGAUAAUAUUAUUGUUAACUAUUUUUUUGUUAACAGUAGACACUACUUCUUUACAGCAUCCAAUAGUGGUCGCAGAAUAUGAUAUUAAUGAACGUCAAAAUUAUAACGAACAAGAACAAAAUUACAAUCAACAAGAGCAAAGUUACAAUGAACAAAAUUACAAUUACAAUGAAUAUCAAAAUUUUCAACCAAUAAUAAAAUUUGAUAGACCAAUUGUUGUGAAAGCUAUUGAAAAAUCAAAAAAUCAGCAAGAUUUUAGUAAAAUUCCUGGUAUCCCUGGUGUAGACUAUCCCUUGUAUCAUAGUGUACCUCCAACGAGUUUUUCAUGCGCACACGUUCCUUUCGUACCUGGAAUGUACGCGAAUCUGGAAACUGGUUGUCAGGCAUAUCAUAUUUGUCAUGAUGGUCGCGAAGGUCAUCAAGGUGCUUCUUUUCUCUGCACAAAUGGAACUCUUUUUAAUCAACAAGAGUUUGCUUGUGAUUGGUGGUAUAAUGUGAACUGCGCUGAUGCACCAACUUUAUAUAGCAAUAAUCAAAUCAGUUCCGAAGAAGUAUCUGGAAAACCAAACUUAGGCGUAGCUAGCAACAUAGUAAUGCGAAUGUGGAUUCAGAGUGUUGCAACUAGUUGUUGCAAGUUAGUUAUAGUUGAAAUUGUUAUCCUGAAAAUAAAUCAACUACAUGAGUUUUCUGGUCAAUCAGAAAGAUAUGAAAAAACAAGAUAA